AUGAAGAUCAAGAACGGCUUCUGGCGCGAUUGGGAGGUGUCCCUCGAGUACGAGAAUGCGGACGGCGCGAUCACCGAGCACAACCCCGACUUCAUCUCGGCCGAGCGCACGGGCAACCGCGACCUGCGCGUCGUCUACGUCGAGGUCGCCGAGGUGGACGUCGAGCGCCCCUUCCGCAUCGUGGCUCGCGCCCCUCGUCUCAUCGACUUUGACCUGAAGAUGGAGUCCGUCAUUGACGGGCGUAAGCUUGGUAUUCCGCGCGCUGGGCACAAGGCGACUGUUCUGCGCGACUCGAGAUGGGUCGACCGCGACUGCGACGGGGUCCACUAUGACCGCAACUACAAGUUCUCGCCGCUCCUAUUCAUCGUGAACGGCCCUACGCCCAAGCAGCUCCGCUACUAUGGCUCCAUCACGGUUACGCUUGAGGGCGGCAAGCUUGCGCCGUGGAAGAUGUCCCCGCCGUCGUGUACCGGCCAGAAGCCGCUCGGCAUCCUCGACGAGGGGGCCAAGGAGCGCAUCGGCACCGACCUGUACGUCGACGGCAGCGUCAUUGGCCCCACCAUGCCUACCAACAGGGCCCCGUUCAAGGCCGAUGAGAGCAUUCCCGAGGGCGCUGUCGUGUUCAAGGUAAGUGCGGCGAAUGCGAGGGCGGGUGGCUCAUGCCAGUAUGGCACGGGCAACGCUCUCACGCGCAACGGCUUCACUGUGUUCGAGAUCGGUGGCGGCGGAGGUGGUCCACGUGCCCAACCCGCUCUUCGCCGCAGCCUCCGCCUGAUCGAUAAUGGGCGUGGCACGACGUAUGGCGGCAACAACUUUGAGCGCAGCGAGACGCCCCUCACGGUUGUCUAUGACCCCAAGGACGAGAGUGGCACCCACCGUUCUCCCAAGCGCCGCCGCACUGCCAAGUGA